CCUCCUCUGCCUGCUUUUUCUUCACAGUGUGCCGAGAUUUUGCGGUCUUGGAAGAUCACACCUUGGCCCACAGCCUGCAGGAACAGGAAAUCGAGCACCACCUGGCCACGAACGUCCAGCGCAACCGCCUGGUGCAGCACGACCUGCAGGUGGCCAAGCGGCUGCAAGAGGAAGAGGAACGCACGGCCCGCGCCCGCAUCCAGGAGCACCACAAAGACCUGGAGCGGCAGGACUGCGAGAUGGCGCAGGAGAUCCAAGUCCGGCUGGUCAUCGAGGCUGAGCAGCGGCGCCGGCAGGAGGAGGAUGACGAGGACAUUGCUCGGAUUCUGCAGCAGAAGGAACUCCAGGAGGAAAAGAGGCGGAAGAAGCCCCACGCUGCGCCCCCGCAGCACGGCGCUCACGAUGAGAGCCACCACCCCGAAAGCAGAGAGCGCUCGUGCCGCAGCCCCCGGGAGCCGGCCCCGGAGCAGGCGGCUUCUCACGCCCGGCGGGCGAGAGACCGCCAGAGGGCCCCCCCACUGCUUUCGGAGGGGCUUGACCUGGAGGUUUUGGGCAGCUCUUCUGAAGUGAGGAAGGCCCGCAGUGGCCGGAGAUGCGGCAAAGAGAAGCCGGACGGGCAGCCAAGCAGCCGGGAGAAGCCUCGGAAGCUCGCUGCAGACGUGGCCGAUGAGCGCAUCAGCGGCGGUGAAGCCAGGACCAGAGGUGGCGGGGAGAGGAAGCCAGCCAGCCGGGAGAGACCCCUGGGGCCCUCUUCGCCCGCCCGGGGUGGCGGAGGCAGCCGGGAGAGGCGGCCACGCAGCCGGGAGAGGCCGCCCCCUCUGCGAGACCGGGAGGGCGAAGUCGGCCACGGCGACCGUCGGCUUCGGGAGAGGUGGUCGCCUGGCCCAGAGAAGGCUCCGAGGCCCCCAGACCCGGUGGGCGACGUAGAGGAGAGGCGCUCUGACCGACACGGCAGCGGCAGCGGUGGUGGCUCGCCCACCCCAGACCGGCGGGGGCGCCUGCCCCGAGAGGAUCGGCCCUCCCCGAGGCCCCCCUCCCGGGACCCCAGGCGUCCGGACUCAGAAGCAGCCCCCCGGCGAGGGCACAGGCGGGACACAGAAGGAGAGCGUGACGGAGCGAGCGAUGGGCUACACGGCGCGCCCUCCCGAGAGUCCCCCCGGGGAUACCCGCGCAGUCCAGGGACAAAAUCAAGGGGGACAAAAGAUGCUGUUCACCUCGUGCCCCGCGCAGCAGCAGCCCAGGACCAGGAGUCCUACGACGCCGAGAUCGCCCGGCGGCUGCAAGAGGAGGAGCUCUUGGCCAGCCAUGCGGACAGGCGGGCUGCGCAGGUAGCCCAGGACGAGGAGAUCGCCCGCCUCCUCAUGGCCGAGGAGAAGAAGGCUUACCGAAGAGCAAAGGAGCGAGAGAAGGCCUCGGAGAAGAAAAAGCAGGAGCCCGACCGGAAGCAGCGUGACCUGCAUGAGCUGGGGCCCCCGAGGUCGAGGGAAGGCCACGAAGCCCACCGAGCCAGGAGCGAUAAACCGACAUGGUUACCGCUGUAAGCAGUAGCGGGAGCGAGACGUUUCUGUCGGUACUGGCUCCCUUCCGUAGCAGCCUUUGCUGGGACUCUCCCCGGAGACCUUCCGUGCGAGGAGCUCCCGGGAGCAAGCCGUUUCCAAGCCUCGCCGUGUCUGCAGACAGUGCCUCCUCUUGAGCCCGUGCGGUUUUUCUCUUCUUUUGCGCCUCCGGUCCGCCGGGCACGGCGGUCGCACCUGCUUCUGGACAGCUUCCCAGCUCCCCCGCCCUGACUCUCCUCCAGCGCAUCGCCAUGUUUUGCUUUGGGUCCGGGCGCCACCUCCUGUUGAGGCCGAGCCGCCACUGUCCCCCCGAGACGGUCAUUCCCGUGCCAGGCGCGCGAGCCGGCAGCAGAGGCCCGCGGAAGGAAGGGCGAGGAGGCGGCGCCGUCCCCGUGCGGAGGA